AUGUGUUUGGAAAAUGAGGAAUACGGGUGUUACAGUGUUCCUAAUAAGAGAGAUUCAUUCUCACCAAUCCAAAACAGAUUUGUGACAUUGACACUAGUACAUGAAGAUGUCAAAGCAUGUAAACUGCAUCUGCCUAGUCAAUUCAUGAAGGAUAAUAGCAUCAACAAACUUGGAAAGAUGACUAUUUUGGGUGAAAACAAAAUGGAAAUGUCUGGUUGUCUAUUGUCAAGAGAUGGAAUUGUUGCUUUGGAGGAUGGUUGGGAUGAGUUUUGUGAAGCUAAUGGUGUGAAGUUGGGAGAUUCUUUCACUUUAGAGUUCGUUCAUGAACAAGACACAACUCCAGCAUUGAAGUUUUGUUCCAUCUGUGGAGAGUAG